GCUUCAUCAUUCAUGUCUAUUUGAAUCUCUCUUCUCUCUCUAUCAAAUAUGCAAAACCCUUCAACGGUAACCCAGGAAUCAGCGGCACCGGUCUUUGAUUUCUUCCCACGGCUCAGAGGUUUUGCCUCUCGAAAUCGAUCUCCGUGUUCCAAUUCAGAUGGGUACGCUCUCUCAUCGUCCAAUGCCUUGUACUUCAAUGGUUUCCGGACUUUACCCUCCCGAAGGACGGGAAAAACCCUAGCUUCUCUGAGCUUCAACACUAAGAGCAGUGCUGGUUCGAGUCUGCGUAGGUUUAUCAGCGAUUUCAAUAGCUUUAUUAGGUUUCACUGCGAUAAAGUGGUUCCGGAGAGCUUUGCCUCCGUCGGAGGAGUCGGAUUAUCGAGCGAUGAGAAUGGGAUUAGGGAAGAUGGGACUGGUGGGGUUUUGGGUGAGGAGGGCUUGCCGUUGAAUGGUGUUGAAGCUGAUCGGCCGAAGAAAGUUUUGAUUUUGAUGAGUGAUACUGGUGGUGGUCACAGAGCUUCUGCGGAAGCCAUUAAAGCUGCAUUUAACCAGGAGUUUGGAGAUGAGUAUCAGGUGUUUAUUACGGAUUUGUGGACAGAUCAUACGCCCUGGCCGUUCAACCAGCUUCCGAGGAGCUAUAAUUUUCUGGUGAAACAUGGAACUCUGUGGAAAAUGACUUAUUAUGGUACAGCUCCACGUGUUAUUCAUCAAUCUAAUUUUGCUGCAACUUCGACUUUUAUAGCCAGGGAAAUCGCCCAAGGGUUAAUGAAAUAUCAACCGGAUAUCAUAAUCAGUGUUCAUCCAUUGAUGCAACAUGUCCCACUUCGUGUCCUAAGAUCAAAAGGCUUGCUUAAGAAAAUUGUGUUCACCACGGUUAUUACAGACUUGAGCACUUGCCAUCCCACAUGGUUUCAUAAGCUUGUGACAAGAUGUUAUUGCCCAUCAACAGAAGUGGCAAAAAGGGCUCAAAAAGCUGGACUUGAAACAUCACAAAUCAAAGUUUAUGGCCUUCCUGUUCGACCUUCCUUUGUGAAACCAGUUCGCCCAAAGGUUGAAUUAAGAAGGGAGCUAGGGAUGGAUGAGAAUCUUCCAGCUGUGUUGUUAAUGGGUGGAGGAGAAGGGAUGGGUCCCAUCGAGGCAACAGCAAGAGCACUUGCAGAUGCUUUGUAUGAUGAGAGUCUUGGUGAAGCAGUAGGUCAGGUUCUUAUAAUCUGUGGACGGAACAAGAAACUCCAAAGCAAAUUAAGUUCAUUAGAUUGGAAAAUCCCAGUCCAGGUCAAGGGGUUUAUAACAAAAAUGGAGGAAUGUAUGGGUGCCUGUGACUGCAUCAUAACAAAGGCUGGUCCAGGCACUAUAGCUGAAGCUAUGAUAAGAGGGCUACCGAUAAUCUUAAACGGUUACAUUGCUGGUCAAGAGGCAGGGAAUGUACCGUACGUGGUGGAGAACGGAUGUGGGAAAUUCUCAAAAUCACCAAAAGAGAUAUCGAAAAUUGUAGCGGAUUGGUUUGGACCGGCAUCGAAAGAGCUGGAGAUAAUGUCACAGAAUGCAUUGAGGCUGGCUAGACCAGAAGCAGUGUUCAAGAUAGUGCAUGAUAUGCACGAGCUUGUCCGUCAAAAAAAUUGUUUGUUUUUGUCUGUUUUCAGAGAAAGCAGAAGAGUAGUAGCAGAGAUGUUGUAUAUUAUAGGGUUAGGUUUAGGAGAUGAAAAAGAUAUAACCUUGAGAGGACUCGAGGCUGUUAAGAAAUCUCAGAAAGUAUACAUGGAAGCUUACACUUCUCUUUUGUCCUUUGGUCUCUCUGCUGAUGGUCUUUCCAAUCUAGAAAAGUUUUAUGGGAAACCAAUUAUACUUGCUGAUAGAGAAAUGGUGGAAGAAAAGGCUGGUGAUAUGAUUGAAGAAGCCAUUCAUAAUGAUGUCGCUUUUCUCGUAGUUGGUGAUCCUUUCGGAGCUACAACACACAGUGAUCUUGUUGUUCGAGCUAAGACGCUCGGUGUAAAAGUAGAGGUAGUGCACAAUGCAUCGGUGAUGAAUGCUGUUGGGAUUUGUGGAUUGCAGCUUUACCAUUAUGGAGAGACUGUUUCGAUCCCGUUCUUCACCGAGACUUGGAGACCCGAUAGCUUUUAUGAGAAGAUCAAGAAGAACCGCUCUCUUGGACUUCACACUCUCUGUUUGCUAGAUAUCCGAGUGAAGGAGCCUACUUUUGAAUCUCUCUGCAGAGGAGGGAAGAAACAGUAUGAACCUCCCAGGUAUAUGAGUGUUAAUACAGCGAUUGAGCAGCUUCUAGAAGUUGAGCAAAAGCAUGGAGAUUCUGUUUAUGGUGAAGACACACAGUGUGUGGGCUUUGCACGGCUUGGCUCUGAGGACCAGACGAUAGUCGCAGGGACGAUGAAGCAACUUGAGAGUGUUGAUUUUGGAGCACCGUUGCAUUGUCUUGUGAUAGUAGGCGAGACUCAUCCCGUAGAAGAAGAGAUGUUAGAGUUUUACCAAUACAAAAGUGGAAACUAAAAGACCACAAAACUAAAGAAGACUCUUAUCAUUACUCGCAAAGCUUCAAGGCAGAGCAGGAGGUGGAAGAGAUUGAAACUAGGAACCGAUAGGUGAAAUACUCUUCUCUAUUUCUAUUUACUUUGGUGGUUUUGGUAGUGAAUUUUGUAAGCAUAGUUAUGAUGUGACUUCGAAUUUGAAAGGUGGAUAUUGAAAUAUUCAUUUGGCUAUAGAUUGAGGUGGAUUUGUAUCAGAGCUUUGUUUCAGAGAGAAUUUUAUUUUGGGAUAUAUUUGGUUUGAGAAUUUGAAACCAAAAUAGAGGCCGUUUCGGUUUGUUUUUGUUCGGUCUGGUUCUUGAGGGUUGAUUACCAAAAUAGAGAUAUUGGCUUAGU